AUGUCGUGCCGCUCCUUCCAGCAGGGCUCCAGGUGUGGCAGCCGGAGCUUCAGCUCGUGUUCAGCUGUCCUUCCCCGGAUGGUCACCCACUACGCAGUGAGCCAGGGGCCGUGCCGGCCCGGGGGUGGGGGGGGCCUCCGUGCCCUGGGCUGCCUGGGCUCCCGGAGUCUGUGCAACGUGGGCUUCGGGAGGCCCCGGGUCGCCUCCAGGUGUGGCCUGCCUGGCUUCGGCUACCGCACAGGGGCCGCCUGUGGGCCCUCAGCCUGCAUCGCCCCCGUCACCAUCAACGAGAGCCUGCUGGUCCCGCUCGAGCUGGAGAUCGACCCGGCCGUGCAGAGGGUGAAGAGGGAUGAGAAGGAGCAGAUCAAGUGCCUGAAUAGCCGCUUUGCAUCCUUCAUCAACAAGGUGCGAUUCCUGGAGCAGAAGAACAAGCUGCUGGAGACCAAGUGGAACUUCAUGCAGCAACAGAGGUGCUGCCAGAGCAACAUAGAGCCCAUCUUCGAGAACUACAUCAGCGCCCUGCGGAGGCAGCUGGACUUUGUGGCGGGGGACCGGGCCAGGCUAGAGUCAGAGCUCGGCAGCCUGCAGGACGCGCUGGAAAGCUACAAGAAAAAGUACGAAGAGGAGCUCUCCUUGCGGCCUUGUGCUGAGAACGAGUUUGUCGCCUUGAAGAAGGACGUGGACACAGCCUUCCUGAUAAAGGCUGAUCUGGAGACCAACGUGGAGGCUCUGCUCCAGGAGAUCGACUUCCUGAAAGGCCUGUAUGAGGAGGAGAUCUACCUGCUGCAGUCUCAGAUCUCAGAGACCUCCGUCACCGUGAAGAUGGACAACAGCCGGGAGCUGGAUGUGGAUGGCAUCGUGGCCGAGAUCAAGGCCCAGUAUGACGACAUUGCCAGCCGCAGCAAAGCCGAAGCUGAGGCCUGGUACCAGAGCCGGUAUGAGGAGCUGCGGCUGACAGCGGGGACCCACUGUGACAAUCUCCGCAACCGUAAGAACGAGAUCCUGGAAAUGAACAAGCUGAUCCAGCGGCUUCAGCAAGAAACUGAGACCGUGAAAGCCCAGCGCUGCAAGCUGGAGGCCGCGGUGACCCAGGCAGAGCAGCAGGGCGAGGCGGCCCUCAGUGACGCCAAGUGCAAGCUGGCAGGGCUGGAGGAGGCCUUGCAGAAGGCCAAGCAGGACAUGGCCUGCCUGCUCAAGGAGUACCAGGAGGUGAUGAACUCCAAGCUGGGCCUGGACAUCGAGAUCGCCACCUACAGGCGGCUGCUGGAGGGAGAGGAGCACAGGCUGUGUGAAGGCAUUGGGCCGGUGAAUAUCUCCGUGAGCAGCUCCAAAGGCGCGGUCCUCUACGAGCCGUGUGUGGUCAACACACCCGUGCUGAGGACCGAAUACUGCCCAGGGGGCGCCAGUGUCCUCAAGAGCAGCGGGGGCUGCAGCGUCGUGGGCACCGGUGAACUCUACAUCCCCUGCGAGCCCCAGGGGCUACUGGGCUGUGUGAGCGGGAGGAGUUCUGGCAUGAAGCUGGGGGCUGGGUGCGGCUCCUCCCGCCACAAGUGUUAGCAUUGCCCCAGAAGCUGCAAGCCCAGCGACAGGGCGCUAGCCCCCAGCCUGGAUGUUGUCCACCGAUCAGCUGAAGACAAGGAUAUUCCUAAACCCCUUCCUGUAUUGACCACACGUUUCCCUCCUGUUUUCACACUGGGAGCCGCCCCUCGGGUAUCUUUAAGAGUCACCUUUCACUUGGCUAUGUGCAGACCCUGAGCUAGGCCUUGGGGGUGGACACAUUAAAGCUCUGCUUUGUGGACUAUCCCCUGGAAGAUUCCCUACAAAGCCAGUCUCCCACCCCCUACCCCUGGAAGUUCCCCACCUCCCUUACCUCUGGCUCUCACGCACUUAAGAAAAGAGAACUUCUUUUAACCCCCAGCUAACACUUAAGAAAAGAGAACUUCUUUUAACCCCCCAGCUAACACAUGCACUGUCGUAAUUAUCAAAAAGAGGCACCCCCAAAUCUCCCAUUCUGAAUUCCAAAGCCAAGUGCCAGCAUUUCAGGAUCACUCCAGACCUGUCAACGGUUCUCUCUGGUACACAGAAUCAAGAGGGGGUUCUUUAGGGCAGUAGAUUUACCUGCCCGUGUGUGCUAAACUCACACUAUGAAAAUACAUUUUUUCCUGAACCGCAUCGGCAGCUGAUGGGCGGGGAAAUGUCUAGAACAAGGGCAAGGGAACAAGGAAUACUUACUAGACGGAGAGAGUCAAGACCUCUUGACUUGACAAGAGUCAAGGACAAGCCCUUCCCCCACCUUCUGUAUAUAGCCCUCCCCUCCCCACCCCAUCUACCUCCAGUCCUGCUCCUUCUCCCCUUAGGUCCUCUUGCUUUGGGUCUGUUAUAAAUGUGUUUUCCUGGCUACGGUGAUGUGGGGCUGCCCAGAAACUUGGAGGCUUUGGCUCAGGGGCUGUCACAAGGGGUUGUGCUGACCCCCUCUCCCCAGAGGCCCCUAGUGCUGCAUCAGGCAGUAGCGUCACCCAUCUAGGGAGCCACCACCUCUGCCAUGAGCCUCUGGGUUUGUCUGUUCCCAAUAAAUGGACUGUUCACAGG